GGCAUAGUCCUGUUAGGUGAAGACGCUGAAGAGAUGCAGAGCCUUCUGAACACUUUGAGCGGCAAUUCGAGGAUGUUUGGGAUGCGCUUAUCACUGCCCAAAUGCAAGUUAUUGCUCCAAGAUUGGUCUUCAGCAGUACCACAGCUAAGAAUAGAGACUGUAGUGAUUGAGUGUGCCGACCACUUCAUUUACCUGAGAAGUAGAAUCAGUCCUGGCGGCUCAGUAGCCAAUGAAAUCUCUGCACGAAUACAAAAGACUCGGUUGGCUUUUGCCAAUUUACGCCACCUAUGGUGCUGCCGUGAUAUCCGUUUGUCUAUUAAGGGUCACGUAUACUACACAGCAGUCCGCUCUGUUCUCCUGUAUGGCUGUGAAACAUGGCUAUUGAAAGUGGAAGAUAUGAGAAGGCUUCAAGUGUUUGACCACCGUUGCCUUCGUAGCAUAGGCCGUAUUCCAUGGUGUCACCACGUGAGUAAUGCAGAAGUCAGGAGUAGAGUUUUAGGGAGCAGAGGUAAAUCAGUAGACGAGGUUAUGAACCUUCAGCGACUGAGAUGGUUGGGACACCUGUUACGUAUGCCUAGUCACCGAUUGCCUCAUCACACAAUGUUAGCUGAAGUAGGUUGAGGCUGGAAAAAGGUCUGACGUGGCCA